UGUGUGAGAAUACUGAAGCACAAUAGGCAAUACAUAGGUAUAGUUAAAAAAAAAAGGUGUGAUACACAAGUUAUAAACACAACAAGAGUGAGUGUGAAUUCUGAAUAGACCACACCGACACACUCACCACAGCGAAAGAGGUCCUUGUGGUGGAGUAAUAAAGCUUACUCCCUGCGAUCAUUUCCUGUAAAUAUCCCGAUAGACCUGAGCACAUAACAUUUGUGUUCUUAAUUUCGCUAUCAUAUCCACAUCAGUUUGAUACCAGGGGCCGGUGUAACAAAUCUAUGUUUCAGUCUUACAUGUGAAGGAACAGAUGACAUGCCUUUUCUAAUAACUGCCAGGUACAUCAUCGCCUUCAUUUGUCUUUCUAGCGCUUACGGUUCAAAACCAGAACUUGAUUCAAGGAGGUGUACUACGCAACUAAAUAUCGAACCUAACAUGCUCCGUGGCUUGUAUAUGAGCCCAUAUGAUCAGACCGAGUCUGGUGUAUAUGGUAAUAUAAUUGUCGACCAAGCUAAAACGGAUAUACUUAUAAACUUUAUAGAGAAACACUCUAUCAAUUCUCUAAGUUUGUAUGAUCUGCGACAUAUAUUGUCUGAUCCUUCGCUAAUCGAGCACCUAGCUCAUUUCAUACGUCGGGCACGGAAGCAUGGGGUUAAAGAGGUGAUCGCAAUUGGCUCGACAAUAGAAAGCUUUUACAGAAUUCAGAAUUACCUAAAUACAUGCAACGACGACGCAGGAUUUAACGGGUUACUAACAGAAAUCGAGUUCUGGGCUGGCCCUGAGCACCAGCAACAAUACAAGAAGUUUGUUAGCUUCCUCGAUGAAAUGAGGAGUUUAGGGGUACAGUUCAAUGGUAAGAAAUUGAGCAUUCAUGCAUAUUUGGGGUGGUUAAAAGAUUCACCAGGAUCGUCAGCAACUGAAAAAGCUAGGGAAAUUGCACGACUAGUAGAUCGAAUAUAUCUUCACUCGUAUGUUCGCAGAGGCGAUCAAGCCUUUCCCAAAGCAAAGGCACGCAUGUACAAUUUGGUAGAGGGCAACGCGAACGUGGACAUAGUACCUAUUCUCAGCGCAGAAGGACCCCAACAUCACUCUGAUAUGCCGUUUCAAGGUGAAUACUUCCGGACGAAUGGGAUUGAAACAGGCGAAGCAAUGUACCGUGAAGAAUUCGCCGCGGACCCAGUGAUUGCAGGGUCCAAUGUAUUUCUCGCCGGUUUUCAAUAUUACGAGUACAGAUAUUUGGGCAGAUGUUUGGGAUAGUUCUUUCAAAAAUUUCCCACCCGCGACGUCAGGGUGUAGGGCAUUCAAAUGAUCCUCAUUUGACAGUGUAGCUUUGAUCAGUGGGACUCAUUUCAGAUCUUACCCAGUGUAUCAAAAUAAAUGUACAACUCAAAACUAGUGGGACAUCUACAAGAGCUCAUAAAAACGAUUAUGAAAGAAUAGCGGAUUAAAUCACUCUCC